CUUGCUGGAAUACCCCGUUUAAAGUUAUCAUGUUGAGGUCUUUGACCUUAGAUUUUAAUUCAUGAAUCUUUGAUGAGCAGGAAAUAAUGUCUUCUUGAACCAUGAAUAGUAUUGCAUAAAUUAAAAGCGCUUUCCCAGACCUUUUAUCAGAACCGUGAAGAUGACACAACAUUGGUCAAUGGUAGAAUAUGAUCGAUUGCAAGUUAAUAGCUAGUUGAAUUUUUUUAAAGUUUAAACAUAGUAAUAUAUAGAAUUCUUUUAAAGCUUAUAUUUAUAUAGUUCAUCAGACGCAAUAGUUUAUAAAUAAAUAUAAUUAAAAUUUAUGGGUGUUCUCUAAAUCAAUUUAUUAUUAUUACUUUCAAAAUUAUACUACAAUAAAAAUGGUAUUUAUGACGUGGUUUGAGAUCCUUGAUGGGCAGAUUGACCCAGACUGGAGGACUAAAGAUUGGCCUAUGAUGUCGACAACUGCAAUCCCUGUAUUAUUAGCUGUAAUAUAUAUUAUUUUUGUCAAAUUUGUUGGUCCAAACUAUAUGGCAAAUAAAAAGCCUUACAUCCUUCGAAAAGUUUUAGCAAUCUACAACACGGCACAAAUAUUGGCUUGUAUAUAUCUUACUGUGGAGUAUUUCAAAACAAAACCAAAAAUGGGGUGUGAUCCAUUAGAUGUGUCUGAUGAUCCAACAGCAUUAUACGCAGCAAAACUAGUAUGGUGGACGACAAUUUUAAAAUUAUCUGAAUUCAUUGAGACUGUUUUCUUUGUACUUCGAAAAAAACAAAAUCAAGUUUCUGCACUUCACAUAUACCAUCACAUAACAACUUUUUUUUUAAUAUGGAUAGCCACAAGAAUAAACCCAGGUGGUAUUGUACGGAUACCAGUUAUGUUAAACAACACGGUCCACAUGGUUAUGUAUUCAUAUUACUUAUUAUCAUCUAUGGGUCCAGGAAUACAAAAUAAAAUUAACAGUUACAAAAAGUACAUUACUAUCAUACAAAUGGUACAAUUUUGUAUUUUGAUCGUUAACUCAAUAUUUUAUUUGACUCCUAGCUGCCAAGUACCAAAUAUUUACGGAUUGGUAUUCAUACCUAAUGUUUUUAUUGUAUUUUAUAUGUUUUACGACUUUUACCGAAAAUCAUAUAUUAAAAAAAAACCUGUAGACCGUCGCAAUAGUAUGAGUAUAAAAAUUAGCAAUAAUAAUAACAAUAAUAUUAAGAUUAAAGGAAAACUUUAAAAAUGAUUAUUUAUAACAUAAAGUUAAUUAGGAAUAAUUCUUCAUUUUUAGUAUACCUAAUAUGUAGUUGAGAGGCAUUAUAUCAUAAAACUUUUAAGUUUUACAUGCUAUACCUAUUCUUUAAUAAGUUCAAUUAAAUUAUUAUAAAUGUAUAACUUUAAAAAGUUCUAUAACUAUUAUUUAACAAUUUAUGUAUCAUCAUCAUUAUUUAUUGUCGCUAU